AUGCGGACGCUCGGCGCAGAAGGUCGUUGCCAGGCGCGCGCCCACCUGCCGCCGGAAGUUGGCGGGCGGUGGACCGGAAGGACGGACCUGACGGACGCACCUCACUUCCGGCAGGGCUGCAGGAUGAACGUCAAGCGGAUCUCUCGGUGGUCAACACCUAGUGCCUUGAGAAUCUUCGAGAGCAUAAGUGAGGGCCAAGAUUCUGGAGCUUGGAGAACCUUCGCCUCAAACCUGCAGCUUUCCUGUUUGAAUGGCUCUUCAAGAAUACUCAGCGCCUCAAAGUUUGUAAAGGGAAAAACAGUGGACAUGGAAGCUCAGUACAACCCAGAGAAGAUAAAGUUCCCUAAAAGGACCGUCCUUUGUGCAAGAAAAGUUGUUGAGAAUGUAGACUAUCCACAUUACUGCGAUGUCUUGAGAAAAAUGAACAUACCUUCUGUAAAAGGACAUGAGGAUAGACACGAUUAUGGCAGAUUUGAAAAGAAAGGCAAUCCUGCUUUCCUUAAAUUUCAUCCUUACCCCCCUUCUGUCCUGCCAGACUAUCAUUUACACUGUCCUUAUCCCCCUCCAUUUGGUCCACAUUAUCCAUUGUUUCCACUUCGGGAUGAUGUGCCCUUAUGUGACCCCUGUUCAGGGUUUGUGAGUCCAGGCGGUGAUGCUGAUUUAAAGCCUGGCAUUGGCAGAACCAUUCCUAACUUGGGGAGUUUCAAAGAUGUGAAGCCUCAAAAUCGAGUUCCUAGACCAGACACAGGAUUUCAAACAACAGUAAAAAGGCAGACAAUUUUAUCAAAAGAACUACAGCAGGACAGGAAAUGGAAUUCCAGAGCAGUACAAGACAUUUCCAUCAGAGCAAGACUUGGAGGUUGGACAAGCAAAUCAAAAGUUAUUCCUGAUUCACUUCACCAAGAAGGCUUUCCAGUGGACCAUGCAUACACAUUUGAUGAUGAACCAAUAAGUACAGAAAAUGGUGAGCAAUAUGUCCAACCAAACAAGAACUACAGUGCAAAGGAUGCAUUUUACAAGUCUACUACACAAAAAGCUUUUGAAGAUGUUCCUUGGGACAAGAUGCUGCUACCAAAACUGGAGCCAGAAGAAACCACACUAGAAAAGGCUGCUGACCUUGUCUCACUGUGUUUUACAAUGAAAAGAUAUGAAAACAAGCCAGAUGUAACACAGAUGGUUGGUGGACUCUGGGACAGAUUUCAGACAAGGUCCUUUGUGACACCAGUCAAACCAAUCAAUUUUGUGAGUUCGAGUACUAGAAGUAAAUACAUCCCUCACUAUACUGGUCAUGUGCAGUCCACAAAUGCAGAUGAUGUGGACAACCCCUAUGGAGAUAUCACAUCCCUUGCCAAGCCUCGACAAUCUAAAUUGCUUUACACAAACACCAGCCGCACUGCAAAUAUCCCAGGAUACACAGGCAAGGUUCAUUUCACUGCCACCCACCCAGCAAAUACUAAUCUUCCAUCAACAAUGCCAUCGCAGGACUCAGAAGUGAACCGCAUUUUGCGGUCAGGCAUGAAAGUGGACCUCUUCUAUCACCAGGCACCACUGUCCCGAAUGGUCACCACUGUGAAACCCUACAACGCCUUCAACAAAAAGGAAAAAGGAAUUCUGGACGACUGA